GUGUGCGCCCCGGGCGGGCAGCGCGGAGCAGCGCAGCGGGCCGCCGCGGCCGCACAGAUUCGCUCCGCCUGGAGUGUCCAGGUGUCUCCAAAACCUGGGUGCCCACGACUCCCAUCGAUGCUUCUUGGAGCUCAGUCCCUGGUGUCRCCGCGGGCCCCUUAAUAGUCGCGGGACUCUGAGGACCAAAUCAGCYCCUGCAGACUCUCCCGGUGAAGAGAAGGAACAGGCUGUGGGCUGGAACUUGGAAGGGACGACGUGUAGGAGCCUUUGCUGAGCGUCAGGAGAGAGGCGUCCGCUCCCUGCGCGGGAUCAGCCAGAGACGCCAAGCUUUGGGGCCUGAGGCACCUCCAAUGGAUUUGUGAUCUGCGUGGGCAGCUCUCCCAGCAGCCCUGGACAGCAGCCCAGGCAUGCGGCUACCGCGCGUCUCCGGCACUGUAGUGACUGCACUCCUGCUGGCGCAGACCUGCCUUCUGCUCUUCCUGGUCUCCCGACAAGGGCCGUGGUACCCAGCCGGCGGCAAGCAGCGUGUGCACGUGUUGGUGUUGUCCUCUUGGCGCUCGGGCUCAUCCUUCGUGGGCCAGCUCUUCAGCCAGCAUCCAGACGUGUUCUACCUGAUGGAGCCAGCGUGGCACGUGUGGGCUGCCCUGUCGCAGGGCAGUGCUCCAGCGCUGCACAUGGCUGUUCGCGAUCUGGUGCGCUCUGUCUUCCUGUGCGACAUGGACGUGUUCGACGCCUACCUGCCGUGGCGCCGCAACCUGUCAGACCUCUUCCAAUGGGCGGUGAGCCGCGCGCUGUGCUCGCCCCCCGCCUGCAACGCCUUCAGUCGCGGCGCCAUCAGCAGUGAGGCUGUGUGCAAGCCACUGUGCGCGCGGCGGCCCUUCGGCCUGGCCCAGGAGGCCUGCCGCUCCUAUAGCCACGUGGUGCUCAAGGAGGUGCGCUUUUUUAACCUGCAGGUACUUUACCCGCUACUCAACGACCCAGCGCUCAACCUACGCAUCGUGCACCUGGUGCGCGACCCAAGGGCGGUGCUGCGCUCCCGAGAGCAGACCGCCAAGGCGUUGGCGCGCGAUAACGGCAUAGUGCUGGGCACCAACGGCACGUGGGUGGAGGCCGACCCCCGCUUGCGCGUGGUGAGCGAGGUGUGUCGCAGCCACGUGCGCAUAGCUGAGGCCGCUCUGCACAAGCCGCCGCCCUUCCUGCAGGGUCGCUACCUCCUGGUGCGCUUCGAGGACCUGGCGAGGGAGCCGCUGCGCGAGAUCCGCGCACUCUACGCCUUCACCGGCCUGAGCCUUACGCCGCAGCUCGAGUCCUGGAUUCACAAUAUCACGCACGGGUCGGGGCCCGGUGCGCGCCGAGAGGCCUUCAAGACUACGUCUAGGGAUGCACACAACGUCUCCCAGGCCUGGCGCCACUCGCUGCCCUUCAGCAAGAUUCGGCGCGUGCAGGAGCUGUGCGCUGGCGCCCUGCAGCUGCUGGGCUACCGGCCCGUGUACUCUGAGGAUGAGCAGCGUGACCUUAACCUGGACCUCGUGGUGCCUCGCGGUCCCAGCAGUUUCAGGUGGGCGUCGCCCACCGAUGAGCACUCCAAGCCUUAGCGGAGGGUCCUAGUUGCGGCGGCAGUUUGGAUACCGGAGGAGCGUGUAAGAAGGAGAAGUGGACAGGCGCAUGGGAAAGUAGAGUCAGCCACCAGAGAAGCAGGGAGAGUCCAGGAUUCUCCCCUGUACUAGGAAAGGACCAAGUCUUUCUCCCCGAUUCUCAGCUUUCUUUCCUUUGCGCCCUCUUCAGGAGCUGGUUUCCCUACACGUAUGCUCUCCACGGAAAGCAAAACUCUCAUCCCACUUCCCUUGGGCACUACUAAAGCAUUUUCUUUCCCCUUGAUUCUUUCCUCCCUUGGGACGCAGUAGUUGAGAAGGACGUCUAGCUCUGGCUGGGAGUGGAGGGGCACAGCAGUGAGCUGGCUCCUGAAGUUUGUACAUCAUCUCGUGCUGCCUCCCCCAUAUGCACCCUGGACUCCGUUCCCCCACGCCCUCUGCGCCAUACUUCAUUAGAGCCACAGGUUAUAGUCACCUGUAUCUUUAGUGAGAAAUCAGAGAAGAUGCCUCGGUCUUGUGGUCUUCCAUCAGUGUCUGUCUGCCCCAUCUCCCAGGAGCCCACACCCCUCCCCAUCACCCUGCUCAGGUACGAUGAACCUUUGAUUUGCCCUGAGAGGAGAGAUCCAACUUAUGAAAAUAAACG